GUAUAGACAUUUGCAAUGGACGAUUAAGUCGAGUGUUGACAAUGACAUUUUCAGUUUUCUAAUUUAAUAUAUUAUGUUAUCCAAGUUUAAAAAUGUCAUUUAGAGAUAGUUGUGCCUUGAUAACGUGCCGUUUUUUUUGUCGUUUACGCAGUAAAAAUAAAUUUUUGUGCUUUAAUAUCAGCGGGUUUCAUAUGGAUAGUAAAAAUGAAGCAAAGUCAGCUAUGGAACUCGUCAACAUACCCCCUAUUAUUACCACAUACCGCCAUGCUUUGCGAACUUUCGAUGACAAAUUCAAAAACGAUUUUGCAACCAACUUGAACAAAUUAAAAUCCCUAGUGGAUAAAUUAAAAGCAGACCACCUUGGCUUCGAUCAAAGUUACAACGAUCCUGGUACCUGGAACAGACCAAGGAAAGCCCCAUGCACUUACGUCGAAGUGUUUCAAAACAGUACGGUAAACAUGAGUAUUUUUAUUCUAAAACCUGGAUUUAAAAUGCCUUUGCAUGAUCAUCCACACAUGCAUGGGCUUUUAAAAGUUAUAUCUGGUGCGGUAAGAGUAAGAAGUUUUUCAGAAUAUCCUCUUAAACAAGCAAUAAGUAUAGUAGAUUUUAAGGCUCGAGCAAUACACGAAGCAGCGCGACUUGCUCAAGGCAUACACAAACGUAGAAGAUUAUUUGCAGAGAUUUCUCAAGACCAUAUUUGUAAGGAAGAUACUGAAACAUGCAUUCUGACACCAACAGUAUCUAAUUACCAUGAAAUUGAGGCUCUGAACACACCAGCAGCAUUUUUCGAUAUUUUAGCACCACCUUAUGACACAUUUGUGGAAGGAAUUGGUCCAAGAAGAUGUAGGUAUUAUUAUGUGGUUAAUGAAAUAAGUUCAAAUGUAGUAGAGUUACAAGAAACAAAUAUUCCAGAGUGUUUUUAUUGUGAUCAAGCUCCAUAUUUAGGACCGACUCUUGCAUAGUUGAAUUAAGUAUUAUGAACUUCAUGUGUUACUUACAUGCAAAAAUUAAGUGGUUCUAGUAAAUGGUAAAAGGCCAAUUAGAUACGGAGAUCUUAUUACAAAGUUACCAAAACAUUAACAUCUCUUAAAACUAGUUGAAAUAAUUUUGUGCCUUAUAUUUAAUUGCACCAACAAUUAACAAUCACCUUGUCAAUAGCAAGGUUUUAUGUCUAGUAUAAAUAUAUUUAAGUUACCUGUAUAUAAGAUGGCUAUUCUAGGGCUAACUACUUCAAAAUAGUAAUGUAAAGGGAAAGGAAUGAAUGAAAUGAAAAUAAAAAUUGCAUAUACAGGGUUGGUUUAAGAUUUCUGCAAAUCGUCCAAAGAUUCUUUAUGGCCUUGAGAUAGUCAAUUCUUAUACCCAUGGUUGUAUCUUUUUAGUUAUAUUUGUACAUAUUCUAAAAUAAUAACAAUUUUAAAUUGACAAAAAAUUACCAUUUGUUGUUUCGCAAUUCUUGAGAUAUUUAUAAGAUAAGAAUAUUAAUAGGAUUACAUAACAUUCCUUAAUUGGUAUAAAUUUUAAAUUUAAUCACAAAAGAACCAGUCAUUUUAUCUGAUCUCUUGUAAAAUUAUGUAUUUAUAAAGUAUAUAAUGCUGAUGAUUUAAGAAAUAAUUAGUUAUAAGACAUCUAUUCUCUACUUGAUGUGUUCUUGUUAAAUAAAUCUUAUUUUUGUUGCAA